UGGGAGGACUAUUUUUACAAUUGGCCUUAAACAGGGAGUAAAGGAAACGGUGCGGAUUCCAGCCUUCGAUGAAGUAACAGGAAGGGAAGCAAUGAAAACCAUAAACCGUGCUGAGCAACAUUUCCUCUCUUCUGCUGCACCCCCUACAGGACUUAAAUACUAUCUACUCCUUCCUUCAUGGGCUGGACAUACUCUCACAUUUCAGGGAACAUCAGCUGAGAAUAAUGUCAUCCAGCGCUCGCUAUGAGAGGUACAAGGGCAACCAAGUUCUCUUCUGCUCAGAAACAAUUGCAAGAUGCUGGUACAUACUGCUUUCUGGAUCUGUGCUCAUGAAGGACUCCAUGUUUUUACCACCUUGCAGUUUUGGCAAGCAGUCUGGAGGAAAACGAGGAUGCGAGUGUAUCAUUCUGGAGCCUUCAGAGAUGAUUGUGGUGGAGAACUCCAAAGACAAUGAGGAAAGCAUCCUGCAAAGAGAAGUCCCGCUGCGGCAGUCCCGUCGCAGGUUUAGGAAGAUCAACCAGAGGGGCGAGCGCCAGACCAUCACCGACAACGUGGACGCCAGCAGCUACCUCUCGCUUCCAGCUGAUCUCACCAAGAUGCAUCUUACAGACAAUCCUCACCCUCAGGUGACUCACGUCCCUUCAAGCCAGUCUGGGUGCAGCAUUGCCAGCGAUUCUGGGAGCAGCAGCCUGUCUGAUAUCUAUCAGGCUACAGAAAGUGAGAUGGGAGAUGUUGAUUUAACAGGUCUUCCAGAAGCACCUGUAGACUCUGAAGAUGAAGAAGAAGAGGAAGAUGAAGAUAUUGACAGAACUUCAGAUCCACUUCUAGGGCGAGAUGUUGUACGAGAGUGCCUUGAGAAAGAGCCUGCAGAUAAAACUGAUGAUGAUAUUGAGCAAUUAUUGGAAUUUAUGCAUCAACUCCCUGCCUUCGCAAACAUGACGAUGUCUGUAAGAAGAGAACUUUGCUCAGUGAUGAUAUUUGAAGUAGUGGAGCAAGCGGGAGCCAUCAUACUUGAGGAUGGCCAGGAACUCGAUUCUUGGUAUGUUAUUUUAAAUGGCACAGUGGAGAUCACCUAUCCUGAUGGGAAGAGCGAGAGCCUCUGUAUGGGAAAUAGUUUUGGGAUUACUCCCUCUUUGGACAAACAGUACAUGAAUGGAGUGGUCAGAACCAAAGUAGACGAUUGUCAGUUUGUAUGUAUAGCCCAGCAAGACUACUGGAGAAUUCUGAACCAUGUGGAGAAAAACACUCAUAAAGUUGAGGAAGAAGGAGAAAUUGUUAUGGUAAAGGAACACAGGGAGCUGGAUCGCAGUGGAACCAGAAAAGGACACAUAGUUAUCAAGGCAACACCCGAGCGGCUCAUCAUGCACUUGAUAGAAGAACAUUCUAUUGUGGAUCCAACUUACAUCGAAGAUUUCCUUUUAACGUACCGAACGUUUCUAACGAGCCCCUUGGAAGUUGGGAAUAAGCUCUUGGAGUGGUUCACAGUGGACAGCCUCAGGGACAAGGUUACCAGAGUGGUCUUACUGUGGGUGAACAACCAUUUCAAUGACUUUGAAGGUGAUCCAGCGAUGACUCGAUUUCUGGAAGAAUUUGAAAAGAACUUAGAAAAUACGAAAAUGAAAGGACAUCUCAGAUUGCUGAAUAUUGCUUGUGCUGCCAAGGCAAAAUGGAGACAAAUUACCUUGCAAAAACCUUCUAGAGACUCACCUCUCUUUUUCAGCCUUCUUGGAGGAAGUGACAAGGGUUUUGGUAUCUUUGUCGAGACUGUGGAAGUUGGCAGUAAAGCUGCAGAAGCUGGACUUAAGCGUGGUGAUCAGAUAAUGGAAGUCAAUGGACAGAACUUUGAGAACAUCACAUUUGCAAAAGCUCUUGAAAUCUUAAGGAACAAUACUCAUCUCUCCAUUACUGUAAAAACAAACAUUUUUGUGUUUAAGGAGCUGCUCUGCAGGAUAGGGCAAGAGAAGAAUGGAAUUCCACAUAUUCCGAAAAUUGCAGAAAAGAAGAACAACCGUUAUUCCAUCCCAGAUAUGCCUGGAGAUGUGGAACAGAUGUUCCCCCGUGAAAAAGGAAACAAGAAAUUGAAAGCAAACACCGUGUCUGGUGGGAGAAACAGGAUCAGGAAAAUUUUAGACAAGACUCGGUUCAGCAUCUUGCCUCCAAAACUCUUCAGCGAUGGCAGCGUGAGCCAGUCUCAGGACGACAGCAUCGUUGGGACGCGGCAGUGCCGGCACAGCCUGGCCAUCAUGCCUAUCCCUGGGACACUGUCAUCCAGCAGCCCUGACCUGCUGCAGCCCACAACUAGCAUUCUGGAUUUCUCUAAUCCUUCAGCUGUUGGGUUUUACUAUAUUCCAGACCAAGUCAUAAGAGUUUUCAAAGCAGACCAGCAGAGCUGUUACAUUAUCAUCAGCAAGGACACCACGGCGAAGGAGGUGGUGAGCCACGCCGUCAACGAGUUCAACCUGACCGGAGCCCCGGAGACGUAUUCCCUCUGCGAGGUGUCCGUCAGCGCCGAGGGGGUCAUCAAGCAGCGCCGCCUGCCAGAUCAGUUCUCCAAACUGGCCGACAGGAUUCAGCUGAACGGGCGGUAUUAUCUGAAAAACAACAUGGAGACGGAGACCUUAUGCUCGGAUGAGGAUGCUCAAGAGCUGCUGAGAGAGAGCCAAAUUUCCCUCCUACAGCUGAGCACCAUUGAGGUGGCCACUCAGCUUUCCAUGAGAGACUUUGAGUUAUUUCGUAACAUUGAGCCUACAGAGUACAUCGAUGACCUUUAUAAGCUGGACUCCAAAACAGGAAAUGCUCACUUGAAGCAGUUUGAGGAUGUCAUAAAUCAAGAGACUUUCUGGGUUGCCAUGGAGAUUUUGGCAGAGCCCAACCAACUCAAAAGGAUGAAGAUUAUUAAGCAUUUUAUUAAAAUUGCCCUCCACUGCCGAGAGUGCAAGAACUUCAAUUCCAUGUUUGCGGUUAUAAGUGGGUUAAAUCUAGCUCCGGUGGCACGGCUCAGAGGCACUUGGGAAAAGUUACCGAGCAAGUACGAGAAGCACCUCAGAGACCUUCAAGAUCUUUUUGAUCCGUCUCGAAACAUGGCGAAGUACCGCAACAUCCUUAGCAGUCAGAGCAUGCAGCCUCCAAUUAUUCCGCUCUUCCCUGUUGUCAAGAAGGAUAUCACAUUUCUACAUGAAGGAAAUGAUUCCAAAGUGGACGGCCUGGUAAAUUUUGAGAAGCUCAGGAUGAUUGCCAAAGAAAUCCGCCAAGUGGUGAGGAUGACCUCAGCCAACAUGGAUCCGGCCGUAAUGUUCAGACAAAGGUCCCUGAGCCAGGGCAGCACCAACUCCAACAUGCUGGACGUGCAGGGAGGAGCACACAAGAAGCGCGCUCGGCGCAGCUCGCUGCUCAACGCCAAGAAGCUGUACGAGGACGCGCAGAUGGCGAGGAAGGUGAAGCAGUACCUCUCCAACCUGAACGUGGAGACGGAUGAGGAGAAGAUCCAGAUCCUGUCCCUGCAGUGCGAGCCUGCCUACAGCACGCUGACAAAGAAUUUAAGUGAGAGAAGAGGGGCAAAAUCCUCAGAAAUGUCUCCAGUGCCCAUGAGAUCCAUCGGUCAGACCACUAAGGCCCAUCAGCAGAACAGAAUGAGCCAAGUUCUUCAGGUUCCAUCUGUGAACUUAUACCCCAGCAGGAAGAAGGGGCUGACAAAGGAUCAUGUCACCUUCAGUACAGGCUCGCCACAGAAGUCGUUAAGCUUGUCUGAGGAAGUAAGUAGCAAGAAGCAGACAGAUGACACAAUGUCCAUGGCAUCUUCUUUGCACUCCAGCCCCCCGGCUUCUCCGCAGGGCUCUCCACGCAAAGUUGGUAACAUCCCGAGGUCGGAUAACUGCAGUCAGAUGAAUCUCUCUGGGUCCUCCUCAUCCCUCGCCAGUGAAACCAGCAACAAGAACAGCGGACAACGCAGCUAUGGAAUAGGGUAUGCCCUCAUUCCUUCCACCAAAUCCGAUAAUUUCUCGGACUCCAGUCACAGCGAGAUUUCCUCCCGCUCCAGCAUCGUCAGCAACUGCUCCGUGGACUCGAUGUCGGCCGCGCUGCAGGACGAGCGCAGCCUGUCGCAGUCACUGCUGGUGGUGGACUCAGCAGGGACAGAAAGGAAGGAGCAUUCCCAGGCGGAGUACGGGCAGCCCUGCCCCGGCUGGUCGGUCACGAGGCCCGCUCUGAUCAGAGGGAUGGCCUUCACCUCCUCCAUGAGCAACGAGGAGAUCUCCCACGAGCACAUCACGGUGGAGGCAGCAGACAGCGGCCGGGGCAGCUGGACCUCGUGCUCAAGUAGCUCUCAUGACAACUUCCAGAAUAUCCCAAACCAGAAGAGCUGGGAUCUCCUCAAUUCCUAUCGCCACACCCAGCUGGACGGACCUAUCGCUGAGGUUGAUCCCACAAACUGUUACUCAGAGGAGGCCUAUUUAUAUUCCGAAGCCUUUUCCAAAACCAACAGGCAGUCGAAAGCCAGCACGGAGCUCGAUCAGUCUCGGCAGAGCUGGGCCUCCUCGAGCUCCCUGUCUGACACGUACGAGACAAACUAUGGGACCAUUAAGCGCAGGGGACUGGAGAACUCAACGUCAGAGCAGGCGGAGGUUUUGGACUCUAAACCUGGCACUGACGCGACUUACAAAACUGUUACUUCAAGUACAGAGAAAGGCCUGAUAGUGUACUGUGUCACCUCACCUAAGAAGGACGAUAGGUAUAGGGAGCCUCCGCCCACCCCUCCGGGAUAUAUGGGGAUUUCUUUAGCGGACAUAAAGGAAGGAUCGCCCCACCACCCACACCUAAAACCUCCCGACUAUAGUGUGGCAGUGCAGAGGUCAAAGAUGCUGCACAGUGACCUCUCUAGACUCUCGUCAGCCCCUCUCGGGAGCGACCCGGUGGCCUGUAUUGCAUCGAAGAUGCCUCAGUGGCAUAGUCGGCAGCCGUCCGGCCCCCAGCUAGCAGAUAUGCCUGGCGCAGAUAGUGAAGAGGAUGAAGAUGAACAAGUAUCAGCAGUCUAACCACCGGGCUACCCACGUAAACCACUUCAAAACACACGAGGGACGCGGGAAGGAGGACCACGGGAUCCCGUUAGCGACCGCUAACGACUUGCUGCUACUCACCUCACUCAUUGUGUUCGCCUCUGUCACGGAUGGGAUGAACUGGUCGGGUCGUUGCUGUCCCCUCCCUCUGCUCUGCAGCAUCCCCAGGGCAGCGUGUGCCCGGCAGGCAGAGCGCUGGGAGGGCCAGCAGGGCAGGAAGCGUUCUCCUGUAGGAUGCCAUUCACCCUGGGUAGUUUUCCUUCCUCGUUAUUUUCUACAUCAAGAAUCUCAGAGUGUUAUUUGAUGAACUCGGAGGAGGAAGAAGAAGAGGAAAAAAAAAAAAACAACAACAAAGUCAGCAAAAACCGAAGGACGUUGCUGCAAUAUCUGAAAAUAAUUUAUUAAUUUAAUUUUUUUUUCUUUUUUUUUUUUUUCGGGAUGGGAAUUUCCUUUGUGUUGGGAGCGCUCUGGUUGGCUGACGCUGAACAUCAAACCACGCGUGAUGGCAAACGAGCGCCGUGCAAACCCUUGUGCUCUGCAAAACUCGAGGCGUGCUCUCAGGACAGGACAGGACAGGACAGUAGGUGCAGCCGGGUGCUGCGUGCCAGCCCGGGGAGUACUGCCAUCUGCCGGCCCUGCCUUCCAGCACAGCCAAGCCCUCUGCACAUUUCUGGUUGUUUUUAGCUGCCAGCUGAUGAAGGGCACAGCCGGCGUUGUCCUCCCCUGCUAAGCAGCCCUUUGAGGUGCGGCAGCUGCUGCUCACAGCUGCUGGGUGAGUUUGAAGCUUUCCCCGAGGAGCUUUGGCCGAGUUCUGUGUGCAGAGGUGCUGCUGGCAGCCCCAACCCAGCCACGUGCUGUGGGGUUCCAGCCCUCUGCCGGAGUUGCUCAGGACUUAGGGGCAAAGGUCAGAAAAUAAAUGGGUAGGUAAACAAAACUGCCUUCCUUUCACAUUAAAAUUGGUGAAAAGGAAUGUGAGCUGACCGCAGGGGAGCUGUUAGGUCACAGCCUGGGCUGGUGAUUGAGCACCUGGUGAGGGGGCGUAGCCAGCCCUGCGAGCACAGGUGGAAGCAAUCCCAGGGCCCAGCCCUCCCUAACCUCAUAUAAGGGCUGGCAGCAGCAGGGGAAGGAUCUCUGCUCGGAGAUUGCCUCCUUUGGAGAGCUGGGGGAGCCCUGGAACGGGGUAAGAGAUUGCUCCUUUAUUACCACAUUGUGACUGCUGCCUUUCUUGGGUGAUCUGAAACUGGUUUACAGCAGCUGUAUCUGCUGCCUCCUGUCCUUACAGGUGACAUAAUGCUUAGGUGCGAGUACAGCGUGUUUUAUGGGGGAUUAGAAAACCAGACCUGGAGUGUUGUAAACCUGAGCUAGGAGCCCUAGAGCUGCUGGUGCCCCUGAAGGCCCUGACUUGCACGCAGCCCCUGUUAGCACGAGCCUGUUUGGUGCUGGUUGAGUGGGUCUUGAAUUGCUUUGGUUUCGCGUGGCCAACUGGAGCGCACAGGGUGAAAACUGGAAAUGCCUGCGUUUUCCUUUCCUUCUAGCACACGACGCCCCAUUCUAGUGUUAAAUUGGACAUGAAUGUGUGAAUAAUAUGUAUUUAAACAUUUAAUUGUAAAUCUUUGUUGUGAUGUUUACAGCCUAAGCUAGAAAGAAGAUGUUUGUCAUUUUUACAGUGCCUCAGAAAUGAUUUCUAUAUCCAUAGUUGUGAAGAGCUUUAAGAUUAUCUUUUUUUUUUUCCUUGUACGUGUGCGGGGGGGGGUGUGAGGUGAGCGCGACGGUGACGCACGCACCCAAUACAACCCCAAGCCUCUGUGCUGUCCCCAUAGCGACGUGGGAGCGCUGCUGGUGCUGCGAGCAGGGAUGGGGCUGCCCCGUGUCACCGCCGGGGGCUUGGCUGUGUUUGCGUGCAGCACGAGCAUCCGAGGUGCGAGUAGCUGGGAAAUGAUCUUAAAAAUCAUGGGAGGUAUAGCGUAACACGAAUGCAUUUUUGCUUUUUCGAGGCCUUAACGAGUAUCAUGAACCUGCACGGGCCUUAAUGAGUAAAGAUUAACCUAAGUGUCAGGGUGGAGCGCUUCCUUGCAGCGAUGCUGGUAACGGAGCUGCUGAUCUGAUGGGUGAGGUGGGAUCGGAGCCCACCACGGCUGCUCCGUGCUGUCCGUGUGCAGCCCCAGCAGCGCUGCAGGUGCUGCGUGCCGGGUGAGCCACCCGUGCUGGCCGCUGCACAAAGGCUGGGGGAUAAGGGCUGCGGUGACUCCCUCGUCCCCGUGCUGCUCCAGGUGGCAGCAGGUGGCAGGCUGCCCGUGUGAGCGUGGCUUUGCACGCCGGCAGUCAGUCUGUUCCACAGCGCGUUUCGGGGCACUGAGCAGCUCAUCGAGUGAGUGAAAGUCUGCUCCUCGUGUUUCCUGGUAUCCAAUACAGGCAGUGUAAAUAAGUCACACGCCAACUAUCGACACAUGAGCUACCCCUCCUGCUUCUCCUGCCCGCACAGUGUGGCUUGCCCCCCCCCCGCCCCCCGCUUGUCCUUGCUGUGAUUUCUUUUGUUUCAUUUAAAAUGAACCGAUCACAUUGAUCGGGGCCGAUAGCCAGAUGUGGUGUGUCCGGUGCGGGUUUGAAGAGACAUUAUCCCUUUUUUCAGGAAGCAAGGUGCAAGUAGGACCGCAGCCAGGGCAGCUGCGCUCUGGCUCAGGCAGCGUCCUCGUCCUUAACCCCUGGCUCUGCCGCGCCAUCCCCACGCCGUGCCUCUGGUGCCUGUUUGCUGCUCUGCUCUUUGCUGGGGGUGAAGGAUUUCAGCAGGCUGGGGUUUAAGCAUUCUGCAUCUCACCUGGCGCAGACCUUCCAGAAGAGCAGUUCUGCAAACUUGAGUGGGCUUCUGCAGCAGCAGAAAGGGGACGGUAGGUGACCCCUGAGCCGUGGUUCCAUCUCCUCCAGUGCAAAACGUGGCACGGAGGAGUGCAGUGCACGGGCUGUCCCCGUGGCUGAGCCCGUCCCACGUGGGGAGGUGAUGCUGGCAUUGAUGUUCUAAAGCAUUUGAUUUAGAAUUGAUUUAAGGAUAAGCUUCCUGCUGCCUGUCCAAGAACGGAGGAGAAAAGGGAUACUCUCUCUUUAGAAAAGCUUGACACAUUGUCUUUUAGAACGCUUGUAUAGGGGGUAAUCUACCUUGAAUUCCCAAUCCAGCUUUUGCUUACGUUGUGCUUUUUAUUGUUUCAUCUUUAUUUUUGAUAUACCUGGAAUGCAGUUUAGCUUGGUAUUAAUUAAAUUCUAACUAUGUGAGCAUAUUGGCAAAACUGCACAGAUGUAAUGAUAUUCCAAUAGCAAUUGUACUGCACAAGUCAGUGAUUGUAAAGUAUUCUGUAACAAGCAAUGUUUGUCUCCUAUUUUUUGAUACCUCUUACACUUAUGUCUUUUAGAAAGACAGUGCCUCUGUAUGCUUUUUGUAUUUUUACUGAGUGAUUGUAAAUAUUUGUUAUAUUUUUGGUUAAGAGAAUGUUUAAAAGUACUGUUUAUUAUCCAAUCUAUUAAUAUGUUGGAAUCAAUAAACAAUCUACAGCCAGAA